AUGUCACAAACGCUCCAAGAAUUCUCACAGUCUGUAUCUUCAAUAUCAAGGUCGACCCCGACCCCCGAAUUCAUGAGCUCCUCACCUUUAUCAGGGAUUUUACUAGAAAAGAGCCAAAGCGUGCCUAGAAAAUCUCAAAAUCUUGAAAUUGAUGUCACAUUUUUCAAAAGCAGCAGCACAACUUCCACAUCAAAAAGCAGCGAAAAUAGUGAGAUUAAUCCUACCCCAAGCCCAAAAAAAGAUAUAAAAACUAAUGAAAUCGGCAUUCAAACUGAUGAUUCAGUGCCUAUGACAACGCCUGGUAUGAAAACAAGAAAAAGCUCAAGAUUAGCUUUAUUUCAUGAAGAAUCAGUCCAAAAACUUAAAAGAAAAAUAAAAGAAACAGAGCCUGGCAUAAAGAAAAUAAAACUUUAA